AAAAGUUGUGUGCUUAUAUAACGAGUAAACAGAACGGAAGCCGAACACCGAAUACUAAAACCGACCGAGCAAACCCCAUUAGAACCGAAGCUCUGCUCGCCCCCAUCGCACUGGGAAAUUGAAAAAAAUGCGAAUCGUUGGCCGCAGUAUGUUGUCAGCCCUCAAGCGGCUAUCAGUCAGCCAUCAGAAUCAGACGAUCUUGGCCAGAAGUAGCUCAGUCCGCAAUGCCCAGCGGAACCCAGAGUCGCAACCACAACGAUCAGUCCAUAGUCAAUUCGGGACAAUGAGUCUGCCGGAGCGCAAGCCCUUCUCGCCGGACUUCUUUUUCCGCCAACUGUUCGAUGGGGAGAGCAGCACCUACAGCUACCUGCUGGCGGACCUGAAGACUGGCGAGGCCGUGAUCAUCGAUCCCGUGCUGGAGCAGGCCAAGCGAGAUGCCCAGCUGGUCAAGGAAUUGGGCUUCAAGCUCAAAUAUGCCAUCAACACACACAUGCACGCGGAUCACAUAACUGGCAGCGGCUGGCUCAGAGAGCUGACUGGCUGCCAGUCGGUGAUUGCCGCCGCUAGCGGUGCCAAGGCGGACUGCCACUUGAAGGAGGGCGAUCACGUUGAUUUUGGGAGCCAUGUCAUUGAUACUCUGGCCACUCCUGGACACACCAACGGCUGUAUGAGCUACGUGAUCAAGGAUCAGGGCUGCGUCUUCACUGGCGACACACUCCUUAUACGCGGCUGCGGACGCACAGACUUCCAGGAGGGCAGCCCCAAGAAUCUGUAUGAAAAUGUCCACAGCAAAAUCUUUACGCUGCCCGAUAACUAUCGCAUCUAUCCGGCCCACGACUACAAAGGACAACUAGAGAGCAGCGUGUGGGAGGAGAAGCGCUAUAACCCCCGUCUGACCAAGGAUCUGGAGGAGUUUAUCAAAAUCAUGGAGAACCUUAAUUUGCCAUAUCCCAAGAAGAUAGAUGCGUCGCUGCCCGCCAAUCGAGAGUGUGGAGUCUACGAUAUACCCAAGGAGUAACCCACUCUAAUUAGAUCCUUAUAAAGCCACUACAAGUGCAUCUAAACAAACAUAUUCGUAUAGCACAAUACUUCCGAGAGAUUUGUAAUCUAUCAAAAUAUAAAUAAAUACUUUUGCAAUCCAUA